AUGUCUAGAGAUCCAAGACGCGCCGCGCGCGACCCCGCCCCUCCCCGUACGAACGAGUAUUUUGUUCCCAGAGAUGGUAUUGAUCGAGAGGUCAUUACCGCCGACAUCUGUCGCUAUCUGGGCAACGAUGCUCUCGUACGGCCGGGCAACUACGAGAACCCCCAAACCGGACAGAUCCAAUCUGGCUACUUCAUCACAGCGUACCGAAACCUUACGACCGCAAUGAUCGCGGAUCUCAAGGCAGAUUCCGACCGGUGGGAGAACGAGCGUCGAGCAUCCUCGUCAAGAGGACAACCAUCAAAUGGUAUACCUGAGCGUGACUCGAACGGAAUGGUUCGAAAAUCUAACACACCUAUAGUGGAGUACAGAACUUCCACAACACAUCAAUCUCGACAGUACUAUGGACCAACAGAGGCCGCCCCAACUGCUCCUGGACCCGCUUAUGGAUCAGCUACCACUGGAGGCGGAGCCCAGCAGGACUACACCCAAAAUUACCCUUCAGGCUACCCCCAGCAGAGCUCAUCCCAAUAUGGCCAGCCCGCCGGAUACCCCCCACAGGAUGGUAACUACGCCUAUGUUUCUGGAGGCAACUUAGAAAAUGAGCAAGCCAGCCGUGCCGGACGGGGUGCACCUUUGCCUCCACAGGGACAGAUUCCACGGACAGGAUAUCCCGCUCAACCCCCAGCAUCAUAUGCAGAUACCCGAGGAAACACUGCUUAUUAUCCCUCCCAAGCACAGCCGGCGCAAGGCUCGUCACAGUAUCCUGCUCAACCAGGCGAUCCCUACUAUGCCCGUGCUGCCCCCGUAGCAGGAUAUACCGAUGCCCAGGAAGGUGAUUAUAGAAAUUAUCCAGAAACGUCGCAGUACAGCCAAGCCCAGGUCCCCUCUACCACGGCCACUGCCCAUCCAGCCCCCAGGAGAGAGGACCGUAACAGAGAUUCAGACCGUGAUAGGCGUCAUCGAAGCCAUCGUUAG